AUGGGAGGUGAAGACGAAAUAUUAAGCACGAUGGAGGAUUUUGCGGCAGUUUACGAUGUCCUGGUAAUUGGUUGCGGGCCUGGUGGCUUUACUGCAGCGAUGCAGGCUUCGCAAGCAGGCCUGCUCACAGCAUGUGUUGACCAGCGUGCCUCGCUGGGGGGCGCCUACCUUGUAGACGGGGCAGUCCCGUCCAAGACCUUGUUAUAUGAGUCUUAUCUUUAUCGGCUGCUACAACAGCAAGAACUUAUCGAGCAACGUGGCACGCGGCUGUUUCCUGCAAAAUUCGAUAUGCAGGCGGCCCAGAGUGCACUCAAACAUAAUAUAGAAGAGUUGGGCAAUGUGUAUAAACGUGAGCUAUCUAAAAAUAAUGUUACUGUGUAUAAAGGCACGGCUGCUUUCAAAGAUCCUCACCACGUUGAGAUUGCGCAGCGCGGCAUGAAACCGUUCAUCGUAGAGGCGAAAUAUAUUGUUGUGGCGACCGGAUCUGCGGUUAUUCAGUGUCCUGGUGUUGCAAUAGAUAAUGACAAGAUAAUUUCAUCUGAUAAGGCAUUGUCACUGGAUUAUAUACCUUCACGUUUUACUAUCAUGGGAGGAGGUACAAUUGGACUAGAAAUCGCAUGCAUAUUCAAUAAUUUGGGCUCUCGGGUUACUAUCGUUGAAUCUCAAAGCGAGAUCUGUCAAAAUAUGGACAAUGAGUUGGCUUCUGCCACGAAGACCCUCUUGCAGUGUCAGGGUAUAGCUUUUCUUUUAGACACUAGAGUGCAGCUCGCGGAAGCCGAUGCUGCCGGUCAGCUGAACAUCACCUUGCUUAACAAGGUGUCAAAGAAAACAUAUGUACAUCAUUGCGACGUCUUGAUGGUUUCUAUUGGUAGACGUCCCCUGCUAAAAGGUUUAGAUAUUUCCAGCAUUGGUCUAGACGAACGGGAUUUUGUAGAAAAUGUUGACGUACAAACCCAAAGUCUGCUAAAGUACCCUCAUAUUAAACCCAUAGGAGACGUUACAUUGGGCCCCAUGCUGGCGCUGAAAGCGGAAGAACAAGCUAUAAGGGCCAUUCAAUCAAUAGGCUGUACAGGCUCCGACGGAACCUCGAAUUGUGGCUUCCCACCAAAUGUGCUGUACUGUCAGCCUCAGAUUGGCUGGGUCGGAUACACUGAGGAGGGGUUGGCAAAGGCUCGCAUCCCAUAUCAAAAAGGCAGGGUUUUGUUCUCACAGAACGUUAGAUAUAACACGUUAUUACCACGGGAAGAGAAUACUACAGUUUCUCCUUUCAUUAAAGUUCUGAUAGAUUCUCGUGACAUGAAAAUACUAGGCGUUCAUAUGAUAAACGACGAUGCAAAUGAAUUGCUGUCGCAAGCAUCGAUGGCGGUGUCGCUUGGCCUUACCGCCCAUGAUGUCUGUAAAGUACCGUUCCCUCAUCCGAGCUUAUCGGAAUCGUUUAAGCAAGCCGUCCAGUUGGCAAUGGCAAAUGGAACAUCACCUGGCGUACAUGUCCGGGAAUAG